GUUGGGCGCGGGGCCGCGGGGCCGCCUCGCCGUGAGGAGCCGGGGACAUGGCCCCGGUGCUGCCGUGGGCCCUGAGGCAGGAUGGAAAGGGACGGGGCGCGGCGUUGCGCUGCGGGGAGAGGCAAAGCCGGUGUUGUCUGCGAAAAACACGCGGUGAGAUCGCGGCUGUCGGCCCGCUUCGUGCAGCCGGCGUGCUGCCACCCCUACUGCGCCUUCCCGCUGAACAAAAGGGAGCUGUGCGUCUGGAGCACGGCCGGACAGGUAACAGCACAGGGUGGGAGAGGGAAUCCCCAGGGCAGCAGUGAGAAAAAGGCGUGGGUCGGGAGACACAGUUUAAUGUGAAAAGGAAAGAGUAUGAAUAAUGCAAUGAAAAACAAUUUCCCACCACUUCCUACAAACAGACCAAUUUCCAGCCACCCUCUGAGCAAUCGCCUACCAUAGAAGACAACCCCUAGCACCAUCUUCUCACACUCCAGUUCUGUUGCAGAGCCUGAUGUCACUGGUAUGGGAUAUCCCUUUGGCCAGCUCGAGUCACCUGUCCCCGCUGUGUCAGCUCCCAGCUUCUUGCCUGCUCACAGACAGCUUGCUGGAUGCUGUGGGGACAGGCUGGCAAAACGAGAAAGCCUUGAAAGCACUGUUCAGCAGCAGUUAAAAUGUUGUGUAUUGUCGUCACUAGUUUGGUCACAAAAUCCAGAAUGGCACCAUACAAACUGGUGUGAGGGAUGUUUACUUGGUCCCAGACAGACCCAGUGCAGCUAUAUUGUAAUUUAUUAAGUGAUUUUGGAGCAAUAAAGAAAAAUGAGUUUGGAACAAUUUUGUUAAUUGCUCAAACAUUAUCCGUUUAUAAUUUUGCACUGUUUGUAAUGUUAAUUUGAAGUGACUCAUUUAACUCUUCUUUAUGUACGUUUGUCAGACACUACAUUUGUUAGGACAUAAGCACUCGGUUUCCGCACUGUCGUUUGGAAAUAAAACCGAGCCACUUCUUCUCUGCUCUGCUUCCCAUGAGUGCGUGAUCGUGUGGAAUCUGGCUGAAUGUGCGCAGAAAGAGCAAGAAGGGAUAACACCUCAAGGAAUUAUUAUUGGAACUCUUUUGGGAAUAGUGCUUCAUGUAAGGUUUAGUCCAGAUGAUCAACAAGUGGCAGUAUGUGCUGAAAAUCGGAUCUACGUGUUAAGUGCAAAGGUAUGGGACUAUUCUACUGGUCUGUUAAUAUAUCAGUCAGGAAUAUUAACAGCAUAUCCUUUGCAAAGCCUGCUAAUUGAUGAAAAAAGUAAACAGAUUAUCACUGGAUGUGGUGACGGACAGCUCCGGAUCUUCAGUUUAAUCACUGAUCAUAAUUACCGUUGUGUGGCACGUAUCGACUUAAAGAAAGAGCAAGAGAAAUUCUGUAAUAAAAUCUGGAAAUCUGGCAAAGAAUCAGGUGAAAGACAAAAUAAUUCCAAGCUUUGCAAAACAAACAGCGUGAGACCAGAAGGAUCAGUGGAAACAUCAUUGUCUAUCCUCCUAAUUGAACACUGCGACUGCUCAGAAUGUUUCUGUAACGAAGAAAACAUACCUUACACCCUGAAUACUAGCUAUUUUUGGAUAGGAACCUCUACUGGAUUGUUAAUUAUUAAUUUGACAACCUUUGAAUUGGAAGCUUUUUUAUGUUACAAAGAUUACAGUGGCCUAAGCAUUCAGUUUGCUGUAUCAUGUGCAUUAACUAAGAAGACAGUUAAUGGAAAGGUUUUAUGCGUGAUCACCUCAAUGUUUGAAGAUGUGAUUGCUGUGUUGGAGGUUAACCUUCCUGCAUUGGUGAGAUCUCAGCAGGGUGGUAUUUUCAUAAGAACAAGUGAGAAGAGUCUAUCAGUCAUUGCCAGGUGUUCUUUGUCGCCAGAAUCUCCAUUGCGUAAAGGUUUAAAUAAAAGCAAAAAGGAACCUUCUAGGAAAACACUUGGUGUGAAAAGCACUGUGAAAGAUCAGCCAUUGGUUUUCCAUUAUAAAAUUCAGUCAUCAGGAUAUACAGCAGCACCACGAAUGACCAUGUUUUCUCCAAAUACUAACCUGAAGAAAAAUUAUAUAUCAAAGCGGAAGACCAGUGUUGAAUGUACACGUAAAGAAUAUCCUUUGGAAAGUUCUCCUCCAAUCAACUAUGAGAGAGAGAUAUCUGUUACUUGUAAACCAACCCCAAUCUCUUGCAUUCAGUAUUCCGGGGAUGGAGGGCAGCUGGCUUGCGGGCUGGUUGACAAGACUGUACUGAUAUUCGAUGCCAAUCUCACCGAUACGUGUAAUGUUUUUUCAGGUCAUGAUGGUGCAGUUAACUCUGUUGGCUGGAGUCAUGACAAGAAGCGGUUAGUUUCUGCAUCAGAAGACAGAACCGUAAGGGUCUGGUCAGUCUGCAAGAAUGAACCUGCCCUAAUUCUGGGCAAAGGUAUGUUUCAUAAGGCUAUACGCUUCGCGCAGUUUUAUUUUAUGGAUGCAUUUAUAUUGCUGUGUUGUGGAGCUGAAUUUCAUCUAUUAAGUUUCCAUGUAGACACAACCAAGGAUGACUUAAAACAAUACAAACAGAGAAUUUUUUGCAAAUUGAUCCAGAAAUUUCUCAUGGCUUCAACAAUGGAGAUUACCAGCCUUUCAGCAGUAAAUGAUUUCUACUCUUAUAUUGUUCUUACAGCUGGCAGCAACCGAGCAUUGGAAGUUUUUGACCUCAAUGAAGGCCGAAGCACAGCAGUGAUUCCAGAAGUUCAUAGUAGAUCAGUCCAUCAGAUCUGCCAAAAUAAGGGGUCAGCAUUCAGCACUCAGCAACCUGAAGCUUACAACCUCUUUGUGACCACGGCUGUAGGUGAUGGCAUCAAACUCUGGGAUUUAAGAACUCUCAGGUGUGAACGUCGAUUUGAAGGGCACAGUAGCCGCUGCUACCCAUGUGGAAUUGCAAUAUCUCCUUGUGGGCGAUUUAUAGCCAGUGGAUCAGAGGACAACUGUGCUUAUAUAUAUGAGAUGCAUUCAAGUACCUUUUUACAUAAACUGGGGGGACACAGAGAAUGUGUCGUCAAUGUGGGUUUCAGUCCUUCAUCUCCACAGCUCACCACAGCCACCUUGGGUGGCAAACUCCAAUUGUUUCUGCCCUGAGAUUUGCCAGCAUAUGGAGCUUUGGACCUGCUACUCUGAGAAUAACGACAUGCUGAGAGAAAGGCGACCAGUAGCUGGCCAUAGGCAAGCAGCAUAAUAUUCCCUUUUAAUGUACAGAUUUCUUCUGAUUUUAUUUUCUGGAAAUUCCUCAAACUGUUCUCAAAGUUUUUCUGUUGUACAAUCUGAUGCCUUUAUUGCAAAAAUAAGGACAAAAGAUCUCUUGAUGAAGUGAGACUACUCAUUCUGACUUCACUCCAGGAAAUCAUCAGAGAAGUGGCUUUGAGUUUUGGGUGUAAGCUGUAGGACACCUUUGAUUGUUGGGUGUAAGCUGUAGAGCUUUUCUAGCCUGUGACCAUUUUGCUCUAAGUUAAAAUAACAACUCUGCCAGUCUUAUUAAAAAGUUAUGGUCUUGUUGCAGUCUGAUAUUAUUCAACGACCUUUAAAUGUAAGUAAACUAUUUCUGUCUUUGAAUAACUCUUAAUUAUUUUUUGGAAAAUAUUUAAAAUAAUAUGAAAAUAAACUUUUGA